GCGAGCGAGCGAGCGACCGCAGCGCAGCGCAGCGCAGUGCAGCUGGAGCCUCGCCGGCCGAACACCCUGAGGAAGGAAGAAGGAACGCGCUCUGUAUGGCAUGUGGCUGGUCACGGUAUUCCUGCUGUAUUCUCUCCAUGAAGUGCACAGCGAGGAUGUGGGCUCGACGCGGCUGUACUUUGUGAACGCCUCCUUGCAGAGGGUGACGUUCUCCAGCUCGGUGGGGGUGUCCCUGCCCUGUCCGGCUGGCGGCUCCCCCCACGCCGUCCUGCGCUGGUACCUGGCCACCGGCGACGACAUCUACGAUGUCCCGCACAUCCGGCAUGUCCACGCCAACGGGACGCUGCAGCUCUAUCCUUUCUCCCCCUCCGCCUUCAACAGCUUCAUCCAUGACAACGACUACUUCUGCAUCGCCGAAAACCAGGCCGGCAAGAUCCGCAGCCCCAGCAUCCGCGUCAAGGCCGUGUUCAGGGAGCCCUACACAGUGCGAGUGGCGGACCAGCGCUCCAUGCGGGGCAACGUGGCUGUCUUCAAGUGCCUCAUCCCGGCCGCUGUGCAGGAGUACGUCAGCGUGGUGUCCUGGGAGAAGGACACCGUCUCCAUCAUUCCAGGUAACAGGUUCUUCCUGUCGUCCUACGGCGCCCUGUACAUAUCGGACGUGCAGAAGGAGGAUGCCCUCUCCACCUAUCGCUGCAUCACCAAACACAAGUACAGCGGCGAGACGCGGCAGAGCAACGGCGCCAGGCUCUCCGUGCUGGACCCCACGGAGUCCACCCCCUCUAUACUGGACAGCUUUCAAUCGGGGGAGGUGCAGGCGGGGAGGAGCGUCGAGCUGCCCUGCAUCGCCUCGGGGUACCCCAACCCCACCAUCCGCUGGCUGAAGGAUGGCCGGCCGCUGCCUGCCGACUCACGCUGGACGCGUCGCCUCACGGGCCUCACGAUCAGCGAUCUGCGGCAGGAGGACAGCGGCAACUACAUCUGCGAGGUCACCAACAGCUUCGGUUCCAAGGAAGUGACGGGGCACCUCAACGUCAUCGACCCCCUACGAGUGACCCUGUCUCCGAAGAAUCUGAAGACGGGCAUCAGCAGCACGGUGAUUCUGACCUGCACCGUGCAGGGUUCGCCAGAGUUCACCGUGACCUGGUACCGGAACACGGAGCCCGUGACCCCUGACCAACACUUCUCCAUCCAAGGGGUCCACAACGAAACGCUCUUCAUCACCGCUGCCCAGAAGAGGCACUCUGGGGCCUACCAGUGCUUCGCUACCCGCAAGGACCAGACUGCCCAGGACUUCUCCAUCAUACUGCUGGAGGACGGGACGCCCCGCAUCGUGUCCUCCUUCAGCGAGCGGGUGGUUGGCCCCGGAGAACCCUUCUCCCUCAUGUGCGCGGCCAAGGGAGCGCCUCCUCCCACCAUCACCUGGACACUGGAUGAUGAGCCCGUGGCACGUGACUCCACGCAUCGCACCAGCCAGUACACACUCUCAGAUGGCAGCACCGUCUCCCACGUCAACGUGAGCAACCCACAGAUCCGUGACGGGGGCGUGUACCGCUGCGCCGCUCGCAACUCCGCCGGUAGCGCCGAGUACCAAGCGCGCAUAAACGUAAGAGGUGCCCCCAGCAUCCGGCCAAUGCGCAACAUUACUGCAGUGGCGGGCCGCAAUACCUACAUCAACUGCCGGGUGAUCGGUUACCCCUACUACUCCAUCAAGUGGUACAAGGACGCGCUGCUCCUGCCUGACAACCACCGGCAGGUGGUCUACGAGAACGGCACGCUCAAGCUGAGCGACGUGCAGAAGGGCAUGGACGAGGGUGCCUACGUGUGCAGCGUGCUCAUCCAGCCGCAGAUCUACAUUCGCCAGAAUGUCUACGUCACUGUCAAAGUCCCACCCUUGAUCCAGCCCUUUGACUUCCCACCCACGUCCAUCGGGAAGCUGAUGUACAUUGCCUGCGUGGUGGCGUCGGGGGACAUGCCCAUCCGCAUCACGUGGCGCAAAGACGGGCAGGAGAUCGUCUCAGGCUCCUCGGGCGUCAACAUUGAGACCAAGGAGUACAUGAGCUCCCUACAGAUCCCCAAGGUCUCGCUUAAGCACAAUGGCAACUACACGUGCAUCGCGAGCAAUGACGCCGCCACCGUGAGCACCGAAAGGCAGCUCAUCGUCACUGUCCCUCCUCGGUUUGUGGUCCAACCCAACAACCAGGAUGGGAUCUACGGCAAGGCAGGGGUCCUCAACUGCUCCGUGGACGGCUACCCCCCGCCGAAAGUGAUGUGGAAGCACGCUAAAGGAAUAGGGAAUCCUCAGCAGUACCACCCAGUGCCGCUGACCGGUCGGAUCCAGAUCCUGGCCAACGGGUCGCUGCUGAUCCGCCAUGUCCUCGAGGAAGACCGCGGGUACUACCUGUGCCAGGCCAGCAACGGCGUGGGUUCCGACAUCAGCAAGAGCAUGCUCCUCACCGUUAAGAUCCCAGCCAUGAUUACGAACCACCCCAACACCACCAUGGCCAUCAAGGGCCAGAACAAGGAGCUCAACUGCACAGCGCGGGGCGAGUGGCCCAUCAUCAUCCGCUGGGAGCGGGGUGACACCGUCAUCGACCCAGACCGCAAUCCGCGCUACUCCAUCACCACCAGCCCCAACGAGAAGAGCGACGAGGUCAUCUCUACCCUCAAGCUGAAGCCUGCUGAGCGUGGAGACUCGGUGUUCUUCUCCUGCCAUGCCAUCAACUCAUACGGAGAGGGGCGGGGCCUCAUCCAGCUCACUGUACAAGAGCCCCCUGACCCUCCCGAGCUAGAGGUGCGGGAGGUGAAAGACAGGAGCAUGAACCUGCGCUGGACCCAGAGGUUCGACGGGAACAGCAUCAUCACCAGCUUCGACAUUGAGUACAAGAACAAGUCCGACACGUGGGACCUGAAGCAUGCCACACGAAAGAUCGCGCCCACCAACCACCAGGCCAAUAUCGUGGAGCUGCACCCGGCCUCGGUCUACAGCAUCCGCAUGUACUCCUACAAUAAGAUUGGACGCAGCCAGCCCAGCAAGGAGCUCACCAUCAGCACGGAGGAAGCACCACCUGAUGGCCCCCCCAUGGAGGUGACCCUGCAGCCAAUGACAUCACAGAGCAUUCGCGUCACCUGGAAAGCCCCCAAGAAGGAACUGCAGAACGGGGUGAUCCGCGGGUACCAGAUCGGCUAUCGGGAGAAUGGCCCGGGCAGCAACGGCCAGUACAGUAUAGUGGAGAUGAAGGCCACGGGUGACAGCGAAGUCUACACCUUGGACAACCUGAAGAAGUUUGCCCAGUACGGCGUGGUGGUGCAGGCCUUCAACCGGGCCGGCACGGGUCCCUCCAGCUCAGAGAUCAACGCCACCACACUGGAGGAUGUGCCCAGCCAGCCCCCCCAGAAUGUGCGUGCCGUCACGGUCACUUCAGAUGAAGCGGUCAUCACGUGGUCGGAGCCUCCACGGAUGACCCUGAACGGGGUGCUCAAGGGCUACCGUGUGGUCUUCUGGUCCCUGUUCCCCGAUGGAGAAUGGGGCGAGAUGCAGAACAUCACCACCACCAGGGAGCAGGUGGAGCUCAAGGGCCUGGAGAAGUUCACCAACUACAGCGUGCAGGUGCUGGCCUACACGCAGGCCGGCGAUGGAGUGCGCAGCAACGUGCUCCGCAUCAAGACCCGAGAGGACUACCCAGGUCCUCCCGCGGGCAUCAAGGCGGUCCCGUCUUCUGCCACCAGCGUCGUGGUGUCCUGGCUGCCCCCCACCAAGCCAAAUGGCAUCAUCCGCAAAUACACCAUCUACUGCUCGAGCCCUGGCUCCGGACAGCCUAUGCACGGAGCUGUGAUGCGGCCAGUGGCCAGGGGCGGCCCGGAGUUUCACCGAGGGGAGGGCCAAAACAGGGAGACGGCACCCAGCGAGUAUGAAGCCAACCCAGAGCUGCUCUUCUACCGGAUCACGCACCUGACACGCGGGCAGCAGUACCUCAUAUGGGCCGCCGCCGUCACCACCGCCGGCCGGGGCAACAUCAGCGAGAAGGUCACUGUGGAGCCUGCUGGGAAAGCGCCGGCCAAGAUCCUGUCAUUCGGGGGCACGGUGACCACCCCGUGGAUGAAGGAGGUGCGUCUGCCCUGCAGCUCCGUGGGAGAGCCCACUCCCACCAUCAAGUGGACCAAAGACAGUGAGGACUCUGCGAUCCCCGUGACGCUGGAUGGCCACCGCCUCAUCCUAGCCAAUGGCACCCUGGUGCUGCGAUCUGUGAAAGCCGAGGACUCUGGGUACUACACCUGCACGGCCACUAACACCCUUGGCUUCGACACCAUCAUCGUUAACUUGCUGGUUCAAGUGCCUCCUGACCAGCCCCGCCUCACCGUCUCCACCACCUCCACCUCUUCCAUCACCUUGGCCUGGGUACCCGGAGACAAUGGGGGGAGUUCCAUCCGAGGCUUUGUCCUGCAGUACUCGGUGGACAACACGGAGGAGUGGAGGGAUGUCUUCAUCAGCUCCAGUGAGCGCUCCUUCAAGUUGGACAACUUGCGCUGCGGCACCUGGUAUAAGGUCAAGCUGGCGGCAAAGAACAGCGUGGGGGCCGGCCGCAUCAGCGAGAUCAUUGAAGCCAAAACACACGGCCGGGAACCCCAGUUCAACAAGGACCAGCCGCUGUUCACGCACAUAAACUCCACACACGCCCGCCUCAACUUGCAAGGCUGGACCAGUGGCGGCUGCCCCAUCACGGCCGUUCUCCUCGAAUUCCGGCCCAAGGGCACCUGGGCAUGGCAAAGCCUACGCACCAAUGCCUCGGCCGAUGUCUUCCUGGCCGAGCUGCGGGAGGCCACCUGGUACGAGCUGAAGAUGAAGGCCUGCAACAGCGCCGGCUGUGGGAACCAGAGUUCCCAGUUUGCAACACUAGACUAUGAUGGAAGUACCAUCCCACCCAUCAAGUCGGCACGAGGAGAGGGUGAUGAUGUGAAGAAGCUGUUCACCAUCGCGUGUCCUGUCAUUCUGGUCACCGUUGGACUGGCCCUCCUUUUUAUCAUCCGCAAGAAACGCAAGGAAAAAAGGCUAAAGAGGCUGCGGGAUGCCAAGAGCCUGGCUGAGAUGCUCAUCAGCAGUAAGAACAAUCGCAGCUUCGACACCCCGGUGAAGGGGCCCCCACAGGGGCCGCGGCUCCACAUCGACAUCCCCCGCGUCCAACUGCUUAUCGAAGACAAAGAGGGCAUCAAACAGCUUGGUGAAGACAAGGCCACUAUUCCGGUGACGGACACUGAAUUCAGCCAGUCGGUGAAUCCACAGAGCUUUUGCACAGGGGUGUCUGUGCAUCACCCUGCCCUCAUUCAGAACACAGGCCCGUUGAUUGACAUGUCAGACAUCCGACCAGGAACAAACCCUGUGUCUAGAAAGAGUGUCAAGUCAGCCCACAGCACCCGGAACCGCUACUCGAGCCAGUGGACGCUGACCAAGUGCCAAGCGUCGACUCCGGCCCGCACCCUCACCUCUGACUGGCGCACCGUGGGCUCCCAGCACGGCAUCACUGUGACCGAGAGCGACAGCUACAGCGCCAGCCUGUCGCAGGACACGGACAAGGGGCGCAACAGCAUGGUGUCCACAGAGAGUGCCUCCUCCACCUAUGAGGAGCUGGCCCGUGCCUACGAGCACGCCAAGCUGGAGGAACACCUGCAGCACGCCAAGUUUGAGAUCACCGAAUGCUUCAUCUCAGACAGCUCCUCCGACCAGAUGACAACCGGCACGAACGACAACGCCGACAGCAUGACCUCCAUGAGCACUCCCUCCGAGCCAGGGAUCUGCCGCUUCACCGCCUCCCCGCCAAAACCACAAGACUACGACCGUGGCAAGAAUGUGGCCGUUCCCAUCCCCCAUCGCGCCAACAAGAGUGACUACUGCAAUCUUCCCCUCUACAUGAAGACAGAUCCUUUCUUCCGUAAGCAGCCAGAGCUGCACGACCCCUGUCCCGUGGUGCCCCCCCGCGAGGCAUCCAUCCGAAGCUUGGCUGCCAGGGCCUACCACACGCAGGCGCGCCACAUGACUUUGGACCCCGGCAAGCAGCAGGCUCUCACACUGGGUCAUGCUGCGCUCAGUGGUCUGAGCACAGGUGGGGCUGUAGGAGGAUUAGGGGGCAGUUCAGGCACUGCCACGCUGCCCCAGAGGACUCUGACCAUGCCCGGCCCCUCGACCCAGGGCACCGCCGCGACUGCCGCCCCUGCGACGGCUAACGCGGGCUCCGGUAGUAAUCCCACUUCUGCCACCAAAAUUGCUGGCUCCAGAGACUCCCUGCUGGAGAGCAGCUCAUCUGGACUGGGCAGACUUCAGAAGCAAGGAGCUGGGGCAUACUCCAAGUCUUACACGCUGGUGUAGGCAACUGGAGCUGAGGAGAAGGCGACGGGGGGCAUGCACGCACUUGGGGCCUCGACUCAGACUGGGCUUUCGCUGUUCUCAAUACACAGUCGGCACAGAGGCGGUUGAAGACCUGACUGGUACAGUAGUUGGGUUUUAAUAGCACAGGUGCUCCCUUCACUCUGUCUCGCUUUCCCUCUUUCUUUCUCCAUUUUCUCUCCUUUUUUCCUGGAGAUAUGCCAAACCCAGGAUCAUUGCCACUGUCGCAGAUUCUUAAAUCCUUAUAUCCUCCUACUGCUGACUUCUCUCUCAAACUUUCUCUCCUGUGCUAUCUCUGCUUCUCACUUUCACAGAGGACAGCUCGAAACUUAUGCACAAAACCCUUUCCACAUGUGCUCGCAUUAUUUCAAGUUCCAAAGUUAGGGAAAAUCCAGCAUAGGAGGCAGAUAUUUUUCACUUAUACUGGCCUACAUAUUUUUAGACUGCCAGAAGUGUUUCUCUUCACUUACUGUAAACUCUCCAGAUAAAAGAGAUGCACUGCUGCGGAAAGCGCUUCUACACGAAGACCUUCGGUGUCCCUGCUCUCUCCGAUUUCCCUCGUUCCCUUAAUCUCCCAGCCUCGACGCAUUUUACAAACAAUUCAAAGCUUCUGGCCUCAGCUGCCCGUUUGAAUCUGCAAGAUUUUUUUCAUGCAAAUGAUGACACAAUAUACAGUAUUGCUGACUUUUUUAACAAACAGAAAAAAAUUAGAAGUACGGGAUUAUCUUCAAGGAGGACAAACCGGAGCCGUUUUUCUGAAGGUUUUUCUUUUUUCAAAAAUAUAAACUCGUGUGCACUAAAGGGGGUGAACAGAACCUAAGAACUGCCGCAAGCCUACGUGUGUGCGUGUAUGUAUAUGUGUAAAUAUAUAUGUAUACGUGUGAUCAACACACGCCGGAGGACCCUUUCGAAUCAAGUGAUUACUCUCCUCACUUUUUGGCUGAAGUCUUUAUCAGAAGUCGUGCGUUUCCUUUGGUCCCCUGUCCGCCCUUGAGAAUUCAUGGAAUGGAGUCGCAAUUGAGCAUAAAAUGGCUGCCGGAGCUACAUUGUCCGUUGCACGAUUCACAUGCUUUUUUUAUUCUUUUGGUUUGUUCCCCCCAGUGUGUCUGUGACCAUGCAUUUUGUCUUUAUUGGGUGUGGGGGACAAUGAGGAUACAACAUUUGUGCUUUAGUGUCUCGCUCUGCGCGUCCAUCCAUCCAUCCCCCACCCCACCUACCCACCCACCCCUCCACCCCCCUUCGAUGCCGUGCUCUUAAGUCUCACUGUGAUUGGUUCAUAGCCUCUCCUCUACAGAAGGACUCACAGAGAGGUAGAUGGACACAGAGGGACGGAGGACAGAGAUCUGCAGCAGCGGAGCAGCCUUUCUGCAUUUCUUUGCCUUCUUUUAGUUCCACGUUGUUUGGAAAAAUUCACAUUAUUUCAGCCUGUCUUCAGCAAGU